UUAGUUCCUUGCAAUUCGAGGUACGAAAGUAGGCGAGAGACUGCUUUUGUAUCUGCAAAGUGCUUCGGUUUCUGAAGGUAAUUCUAACUGAGUGCAAUCUAGGUUAAAAGCUGGACAACUGGAUAAUUAGAGCUCUCUCACUGCUAAAGGACAAUCAGCUGUGCCGUAGUAGCUCAUCUUGGCUCUCACAUAGACUAGUUCUUUUCUCCCGUGAGUGGAGGGCUAUUGGAGACGCCAGCGCAUCUGUAUCCAGACUUCCUGUGAACCCUGAGAUGAUGGUGCUGGACAAGGAGGACGGCGUGCCAAUGUUAUCUGUGCAACCGAAAGGGAAGCAAAAGGGCUGUGCUGGCUGCAACCGUAAGAUCAAGGACAGAUACCUUCUGAAGGCCUUGGAUAAAUACUGGCAUGAGGAUUGUCUAAAGUGUGCCUGCUGCGACUGUCGCCUGGGAGAGGUUGGAUCAACACUUUACACAAAGGCAAAUCUCAUUCUCUGCCGCAGAGAUUACCUGAGGCUCUUUGGGACCACUGGGAAUUGCGCUGCCUGCAGUAAGCUGAUCCCUGCCUUUGAGAUGGUGAUGAGGGCCAGAGAUAAUGUUUACCAUUUGGACUGCUUUGCCUGCCAGCUUUGCAACCAGAGAUUUUGCGUGGGGGACAAGUUUUUCCUGAAGAACAACAUGAUCUUGUGUCAGAUGGACUAUGAGGAGGGGCAACUGAACGGAAGCUUUGAGCCCCAAGUUCAAUAACAAACCCUGCUUUGCUGAAACACUGUGGGAUGGACGUUCAGCCGCACUAGCAGUGAAGGGCGUCUGUCAGCUUGCCUGCAAUAUUUUUUUAAUUCUUGGUCCACAGAGGACUAUAUACAUUGUAGUAUUUUCCCCACAAACACAACACAAAGCAGUUACAAUUUUAGAUGUACAGUUGUGCCUGCUUAGCUGAGCACUGCAUUGCCUGUAUGUU